AUGAGCGAGAACACCAUGUGCAGUGAAAAUAGGAUUAAAUACAUAGAAUUACCCGAGGAGUUCACAACAGAAAUAAUGGAAAUAAUUAGCCGAAUUGAACGUCGCGCUGCUGGUGUAUUAUAUUUAAAAAAUGGUGAGUUACGAGAUAAGUUGGUCAUAUUGCGAUCUGUCAUCUUACACACUAAUAUGAAAGUAAUGACCAAUUUAUUGAAAGACGCGCUAGAUGAGCAUCUCGUCAGAACAACAGCUGCAAUUAACACAUCCAACCCAAUUGUGGAUAGGAUAAUGGACGACGAUUCGGUCGAAGGAGUUAUAAUGACAAACAAGGAAGGGGCGCCGAUAUUGACGAACGUAAGCGUCACGCAUGCUACACUGUACGCAAGACAUUUACACAAAUAUGGCGUAAUGUCUAUGACUUACAUGACGGAAUUGGAUCCUCUAGAUGAGAUAUUGGUGAUUAGAAUGCAAACGAAAAAAAACGAAUUGAUUCUGACCCCGCACCGCGACUUUCUCAUUAUAAUUAUACAACAUUCGCGUAAAAAUACGAAAGUUACAAAUGUUUCUAAAAGAUAA